CGUACUUAUUUGAGUUAUUUCUAACCGCGUUGAGUUUAUGUGGAAAAGAAAUGGCAAGGCGAGUGCGCAGAAGGACGAAGUAAAAAACAAGUACGCAAUGGGUUAGAUUGAACGAAUUGGAAACGGCCACGUCUGAAGACGAUCUUGAAUCCGCAGUGAAGGAACGUUAUCUACUUUGUGUUUCCCCCUUUUAGUUCCCCGGUCGGCCGCCUCCUUCUUCAAACCCAGAGCUACGGCAUCGGUGGAAAUGAUGGCGAAUAAACAACAACAGUCGCCGGGGAAGAGUGACCAUCACAAAAACUCAGACUGCUUUCUUCCAUCAAAUUCCUUGCUGCUGGCUCUGUCCCCGUCUUUCGCACAGAACCCAUUCCUCCUCAGGCCAAUCCUAAAGAAAUCCGGCCCAGAACUGCCGCCACCGCUGCACGAGCUUCACAGGUGCGUCGCUUCCGCCGUCGAGAACUGCUCCAGAUUCCUGCAGUCCCUGGCGUCGGAAAACCCCAUUGUUAAGACCAUCAUUUCCCUGUCGUCGGCCGUUCCACCACCGUCUUUCUCUCGGCGGACCGAAUGCAAGGUCGCCGGGUCCGCAAACUUCGCCGCCAUUCUUCCGGGAGACGCAGUGGCAGGGGUUGUGGUGGCGAAUGGCAUCCUCAAUUUCCUCAACAUCUACAACAGCCUGCUGGUUAUAAGGCUUGUUCUCACCUGGUUCCCCAACUCUCCUCCGGCCAUUGUCAGUCCCCUAAGCACCUUGUGUGAUCCUUACCUCAACAUAUUCCGCGGAAUCAUCCCGCCCCUUGGAGGGACAUUGGAUCUCUCGCCAAUACUGGCAUUCCUGGUUCUGAAUGCCUUCACCAGCACAGCAUCUGCAAUCCCCGCUGAACUUCCGCCACCAGGUGAAGAAGGAACAGCUCCUCCCGUCGUUGUACGUAGGUCGCCUAACUGGUUGGGUCAUCUCACCACAUCACAGAGGAAGUGGAUGUCAAGGCUGCAUAACAGCAAGUCUAGUAAGGCAUCGCACUGAAUAUCUUCAUUUGCACACCACAAGGGCCUGCCAACCAAGUCUGCCUCCUGAACCUGGAUUGCAAUCUGUUUUCAUGCCGUUUUUUUUAUCAAUCUUAGGCUCACUUUGCGCUUUACACCUUACUCAGCUAUGGCUAUACAUAAGUAUUAUCUAUUUUUUGGCGAUAAGGAAUUGACUUUACCAUUACAAAUGUCUUCGUUCAUCUGGUUGGCAAUGGCAGUGGAUUACUCUUCUCCUAAACAGCCCUUCCUUCGGUUAUAGAACUGAAAAUUUGAGGGGGAAAAUGAGAAAGGAUUUCUUAAUAGUUCUUGAGAGGUAAUGUUUUCUUUCUUAUAGUCACCUGGCAUUUCGUUGGGUGCCUUCUGCCCAGGUUCCGUGGUUCGGCCUAAUUCUAACCCUUCUGUGGAUGGUUUGUCCUGGUUAUUUCACUCCAAUGAAGAAACAUUGUCUUCCCCGUAUCCUUGUCAGUGUCGUGGGGAUGGAUUAAAACUAAACGAUCUUUCUACCUUUGAAUCUUUUAGGUUGAUCAAGUUUUGCAGGAAGCGUAUUGUUCGUGGAGAACGUGUAUCUUCCAGUAAACACUGCUUUUAAAAAGGAGGGGAAAAGAAAACACUUGCCGAAGAAGCUGUAAAUGUGGAAGAAAUGUGGAAACAUUAUCCUAUCCACCACCUUAAAAAAGAUACUGAGAGAGAUGUCCUGUACACAUUUAGUUUGGUUACAAAGCAGUGAAGAAGAAUAUUCUUUCUACUAGGACUAUCUAGCUGAGUAGAGCGAGAGGUUCAUGAUUUAACAACAAUCAGAUGGACGGCCUCGGUUUCGUGAGAUGGCACUUGGUUCCAUUGAGGGCCCCCAUCUUUUUUAGAGCCGCAACUCAUAGGUCCACUGACUGAAAACCAGCUCCUCAAUCCAAAUCCUGAGACUGACCAAUGAUAUCGACGAGCAGAAGUAACAGCAAGUUCACCUCCUCUGAGAGGCUGGCGGUAAUAUGCUUCAGCUUUUUGGCAGUGAUUUCGCCUCUGUAUAUCGGCGGGAGGGAAGAUCCAGAAGUUGAAGAGGAGACAGAGCCCUUUAACCUUGCCACUUGGCUGCCUCUGCUGCUCAUCUUGGCAAUCGCCUUUUCCCUGUACCUGGACCGCAGCUUUACCAAGUUCGAUCCCAACUGGAUUCACAGAGUCGGUGGCUCUUCUGGUGGUAUUCUAGCAAUCCUUCUUCUUCUUGGAUUGGUCUUGAAGUGCAAGGAAUCCAUACUCAGUUGAGCAGACAGCAAAAAGAAAGGUUGCUGCUCACAUGCUUAGCAGGUUUCUUCACCUCCAAUUUCAGCAGCUUCUCCUAUUUUGUUGUUGUUAUUGUCCCUUCAUCUAGUUUACUUUAGAAACGAAACGAUGGCUUUGUGAAAUUCCUCAAUUAACUACACAGAUCUAC